GGUUUUCAAUUUCUAUAGAGAGUGUUGUUUGUCUUCUCGCCGCUCGUCGUCGUCGUCUUCUAGCUUGCAGCUCUGAGAAAUCAUCAUGGGUCACUCGAACGUGUGGAACUCACAUCCCAAAAAAUACGGGCCUGGAUCCCGUACCUGCCGUGUGUGUGGAAACUCGCAUGGAUUAAUCCGCAAGUAUGGUCUCAACUGCUGCAGACAGUGCUUCCGUAGCAACGCCAAGGAAAUCGGUUUCAUUAAGUACCGUUAAACAAGAGUAAUGGUGUUACGGAGAAGCAGUUAUUUGGUUGGGGUUUUGAACUUUCAAGCUUAGAUAUUGUAAUGGAUUUGAUAAAAAUAUGUUGGAACUAUUUCGAUAAAGCUUUUGAGCUGUUGAAUCUUAUUGUGUCUUCUCUUUCGUUUUAGCCCAAUCUUGUUCCACAAUUGCUUCUCAUAUAUAAAUUUGAGUUUUCUCUUUACCUU